AGGGGGGCGCGGGGCGAGCCCGGCGCUCGCGGGAUGAAGGCGGGGAGCGCGGCGGGCGGCCGGCGGGGGCUGUCUCCGCCACCCCAGCGCCCAAAGACGCGGCCCAACCCUCGCAACCCGGAAAACGCCAACAAGUAGUUUCCCGCUGGAGGAGGGCGGCUCGGCUGGGUGUCAGGACUCGGUCCGGCUGCCCUGGGACUCUCGUCCACUCGGAAACCACAGCAGACCCACUUUUCUCUCGGUCUCGUUAAGUCAUGUCUGAGCCACAGAGAUGGGCAAGAUCGAGAACAACGAGAGGGUGAUCCUCAAUGUCGGGGGCACCCGGCACGAAACCUACCGCAGCACCCUCAAGACCCUGCCCGGGACGCGCCUGGCCCUGCUCGCCGCCUCCGAGCCCCCGGGCGACUGCCUGACGGCGGACCAGCUGCAGCCGUCGCCCCCUCCGCUGUCGCCGCCCCCGCGGCCGCCCCCGCUGGCCCCCGGGCCGGGCGGCUGCUUCGAGGGCGGCGCGGGCCGCUGCAGUCCCCCCGGGGGCGGCCGCGAGUUCUUCUUCGACCGGCACCCGGGCGUCUUCGCCUACGUGCUCAACUACUACCGCACGGGCAAGCUGCACUGCCCGGCCGACGUGUGCGGGCCGCUCUUCGAGGAGGAGCUGGCCUUCUGGGGCAUCGACGAGACGGACGUGGAGCCCUGCUGCUGGAUGACCUACCGGCAGCACCGCGACGCCGAGGAGGCGCUCGACAUCUUCGAGACCCCCGACCUCAUCGGCGGGGACCCUGGCGACGACGAGGACCUGGCGGCCAAGAGGUUGGGCAUCGAGGACGCUGCGGGCCUGGGGGGCCCCGACGGCAAGUCCGGCCGCUGGAGGAGGCUGCAGCCCCGCAUGUGGGCCCUCUUCGAGGACCCCUACUCGUCCAGAGCCGCCAGGUUUAUUGCUUUUGCUUCCUUAUUCUUCAUCCUGGUUUCAAUCACAACCUUUUGCCUGGAGACACAUGAAGCUUUCAAUAUUGUUAAAAACAAGACAGAACCAGUCAUCAAUGGCACAAGUGUCGUUCUACAGUACGAAAUCGAAACAGAUCCUGCCUUGACAUAUGUAGAAGGAGUGUGUGUGGUGUGGUUUACUUUUGAAUUUUUAGUCCGUAUUGUUUUUUCCCCCAAUAAACUUGAAUUCAUCAAAAAUCUCUUGAAUAUCAUUGACUUUGUGGCCAUCCUACCCUUCUACUUAGAGGUGGGACUCAGCGGGCUCUCAUCCAAAGCUGCUAAAGACGUACUUGGCUUCCUCAGGGUGGUAAGGUUUGUGAGGAUCCUGAGAAUCUUCAAGCUCACCCGCCAUUUUGUAGGUCUGAGGGUGCUUGGACACACUCUUCGAGCUAGUACUAAUGAAUUUUUGCUGCUGAUAAUCUUCCUGGCUCUGGGAGUUUUGAUAUUUGCUACUAUGAUCUACUAUGCCGAGAGGGUAGGAGCUCAACCUAAUGACCCUUCAGCUAGUGAGCACACACAAUUCAAAAACAUUCCUAUUGGGUUCUGGUGGGCAGUGGUGACCAUGACCACCCUAGGCUAUGGUGACAUGUACCCCCAGACAUGGUCAGGGAUGCUCGUGGGAGCCCUGUGUGCUCUGGCUGGAGUGUUGACAAUAGCUAUGCCGGUGCCUGUCAUUGUCAACAAUUUUGGAAUGUACUACUCCUUGGCAAUGGCGAAGCAGAAACUUCCAAGAAAACGAAAGAAGCACAUCCCUCCUGCCCCUCAGGCAAGCUCACCUACUUUUUGCAAGACAGAAGUAAACAUGGCCUGCAAUAGCACACAGGGUGACAUGUGUCUGGGCAAAGACAAUCGGCUUCUGGAACAUAACAGAUCAGUGUUAUCAGGUGACGACAGUACAGGAAGUGAGCCGCCAUUAUCACCCCCAGAAAGGCUCCCCAUCAGACGCUCUAGUACCAGAGACAAAAACAGAAGAGGGGAAACAUGUUUCCUACUGGCGACAGGUGAUUACACGUGUGCUUCUGAUGGAGGGAUCAGGAAAGGAAUUAGAAAUGGGCAUUCAUUCCACAUCACCUAGAUAAUGGUAUCAAAUGCCAUUAUUUAAGAAUCAUCCUUUUACUCCUAUAAACCUGGAAGAUUAAAUGUGCUGGAAGAGUUGUCCACCUAAAGUUAAGCGUGCUUUAUUAGCUUAGUAAAUAAUAAAAAAUGAAGAGAGAAAAAAAUAGCUCAUUUUUUUUCCCAGGAACAUUUACUGAAAUUUAAAAAUAUUAGCCAAGUUUAUAUCGUACUUAAGUUACUUUGCCUAAUUCUUAAAAGAUUUCAAGUACUGUAUAUGCCAAAAUUACAUCAAUACAAACUAUAAUCUGGGAAAGAAUAGAUUUUGAAGUAUUGCAACUGUAAUUUGUGAUGGCCUGUUUAAUCUUUUGGGAAUGAUAGCUAUAGGGAGCUUCAUUUUGUUUUUCAAGAGUUAUAAAUUAUCUCAAUAUUGAAUUCUUUGUAAACAAAUUCUUCUUUGAGCUCAAAAAUAGCACUUUUGAUUACCCCGCAUGGUAUUGUUUGUCUUUGUCUAUUUUCUGGUUGAAUUCAACUGAUGUCUGUGCAUUUUUUCAUAAAAGGAUAUGAAAAAUCCCGAAGCUUAAACAACAUAGCGGGCUUGGCAGGCAAUGCUCUGAGGCUCUCUCCAGUAACAUCACCCUACAACUCUCCUUGUCCUCUGAGGCGCUCUCGAUCUCCCAUUCCAUCUAUCUUGUAAACCAAACUGCAUCAGUCGGCUAAAUUGUAUUAAUUCAAGUACUGUUUACCCCAUAAUGGAAAUAAUUAAAUAUAGAGUUACGCCAGGUUCCAUUAAUACAGUAUAAAUCCUGCAUGAUACUACUAUUUGAAGUCAAAAAUGCCACUUUGGGUAGCUAACGAAUCUUAUCCUGGCUUUCAAGGUUAUCUAAAGUAGUGCUACUACUUCUCCGUAAAUUGCCCUGAUCUCCUUUUGCAAUAAAAUGACAGAUAGUAUCAGAUAUUGACCAGUUCACUAAUACAUAAACAUAUCUUCAGGGAGAUAUAUUUAAAACAGUGUGCUUCCAACUGCCAGCCACUUCACUGGACCUUCAUUUCUUGUGACUCUAAAUCAUUCUGAAGAUGUCUGGGAUCCUAUCUUGGUUGCACUCAGCAUGACUCUGCUCAGCUCAUUUGCAUGGAGCAUCUUGUCUCUAUCAUCUGAAACAAUGUAGCAGAGUUCGGGGACCAUGGAUGGCUCAGGAUAUGUGUACUUGCGCCGAACCAUCCUGCUGACGUGAAAGCACUGGUCGAGACUGUUCUGCAUCUUGAAUUGUGGGGCACCGAGGGCGAGUUUCUCCUCGACAUUUUUUUCCCUUAUUCUUUGAAAGAGAUAUUUGUUUUAAAUAGUUUAAUUUUUUUGAUUGAUUUACUUUUCUUCAAAAAUGCUGUGUUGGAGUUCUGAAUGUCUCUGGUUGUUUGUAUACAGAUAACUGCAAAGAGGUUGUCAUUACUGGUUACACGCAAGCCAAGGCCAGAGCUCUUCACUUAAUGGCUUGUGGAAGGCACAAAACCUGAAAGGUACCUGCCAGCCAGGCUUGCAUUGUUUAGCCAGGAAUUGCUGCUUGGUACUAGAGUUUUUAUUUUUUUUUUAAUCCCAGGAUUUGUUAUUAUUGUCCGAGGCAGAGUGCCAAAUAUCACCUAAAGCUCUUGUGUCUUUUUUAUCCCUUUCUUUUAUUUUUACUUAUUAAUUUUUGUGCAAACAUCAGAGAGCACUGUUGUUCACAGGAAGCUUUCUUGACCAGCCUUAAAUUCUGACACAUGGGAUUAAUCAGACUUUUCAGGCAGUGUUUAAUCAGGUGCUUUGUCCUGGAUGUUGUUCUGUCUGUCUGUCUUAACUCCCUGUCUUAACUGUAUAUGCCAUCUGUCUCCGUGAAGAACAGAAAUGCCUUGAUCAGACGUUCAUGAUGUUAGUGCUGGGUCUUCUCCCCCGCGCUCUGCCUUCUUUGCUACUUGGAACAGCCUCUCUGCUUUGUGUGUAAAUUAAUGAUGUCCUGUAGACUACCUAUGUUAAGCGGUACUGUGAACCUGUUUGAUGAGCAGGAUUUAGGCAGCAGUGUCACCGUUGUGUUUGGUUGCCUGCUGCAGUGUCAGUUUCCACUACCUAGCAACCAGCACUCAUCACUGCACUCCAGCGAAUCCCCUAGGGAGUCUUAUUCAGUCCAAGUGGAAGAAAUUCUGUUUACAUGGGCCUAUGAAUGCACAAGCAAUAGUGUGCCUGGUGUAUUGCACAUGUUGGGGAAGAAAAAUGCCAUAAUAUAAAUUGAGGGAUAAACAAUAUUUCUAAGGCAUUCAGGAUCCUUGAGAUUGUUGAUUAAUUCUUAAUUCUCAUGUUUAUUUUUGUUAGACAGACAAUUGUCACUUUUCUUAUUAGCCAUGUAACAUGUAUUACUCUGUAUCCCCAAGUCCUAGGGCAUGACCUGCAUGUCAGAGAUCUUGUACAGCAAUGUGUUUACCCAGAUGCAUACAUCUGACAUUUAGAGAUUCAGUGAUCCUUUUGAUAACACCACACAUAGAAAGCUAUAAAUACACACAGCUUUAUGGUAAAGAAAUUAACAUACUGUCUGGUGCUGCUGUUAUUGACUGCAGUGUUGUACAGAAUUUAUCAUGGAUUUUUGACUGCUGACAAAGGGUCAGUGGGAUUUAGCCAUACCAAGGACUGUACUGGAAACAGACUGCUGCUGCUGAAUGUGCCCUGAUGUGGCCAGGUUGCACUUGGAAGAGGUCCCUGCAUCUCCAUGAGGCACUUAAAGCUUAUAAAAGAACUGUGGCUGGGACUCAUUUGGUGCUCCCCAUAUGAGUGGUCUGCUUUUGGACUGGCCAGUGUCCGUGAAACAAUUGUAAAUACCAACUUGUAUGCAUGGGUCAACAGCUUUGGCCAUCUUCACAUCAAAGGAAGCCAAACUUAUGAUCAGCAUCUCUGAAGCUUCAAGUAAGGCCCACACCUCUGUGAAUUACCCAUCAUGGGCCUGCAGUAGACUGUGCUGUGAAUCACACAAGGCAGUGAUAUUGGUGUAGUAUAGAUCUGUCUUAAUUUCCCUUAUUUCUUGUUGGUUGGUUGAAUCCAUGAAAUUGACUGUAUCAUUUUCUUAUAAAUUGCUUAUGUUAUCAGCUUGUCAUAUCAUGUUGUGAAAUUUUCAGUGCCUAUUUAUCAAAACUGACCUAUUUUUAGUCACAUAUUUGUUUAGUUCUAAAAAAUCGUUAUGACGAAAAAGAAGACUCACCAACGUUAUUCAUAGUUUAAGUCUUUUGUCGUUGUUACCUCAAUUAUAAAUAUUAACGAAAAAUAAGAUUCUGGCAAUGAGAGUAUUUUUUUAUUAAAUGGUCAAGGAGCAAUGUCAGUAUAUAGUAGAAUAUUACUCAAAUUAUAUCAUAAAAUGUAUAUUUUGCAUAAAAGAGAUAUUCUUCAAUCAAUUACUUUUUUGUGAAUUUUGUGGCAAAUGAAGCUUGUACUUGUCUUUAAAACUGUUGUAGUUGAAACUGUAUAAGAAUUCUUCAUGUUGCUUAAUCAAUGUUUCCCGAAUCUAUUAGUUCCCCUGGGAUUCUGAAUACUACAUACAAUCUAAUUAUGAACCCUUGUAUCGUGGACCUUUUGUGAACAUUUCAAGGUGCAUGCACAACCUUGGUGAUAACCGAUGGAAAUGUAACUAACUGAAAUGAAGAAUAAAAGGCAAAUAAGCUGGGGAUAAACUUGAA